UAUCUCUAUCGAUACCUCUCCACAGCCAGGGAGUUUGAAGGUGAGGAGGAAUAUCUGGAUAUCCAGGGCAUCACCCGGGAACAGUCUGGAAAAUACGAGUGCAAAGCCGCCAACGAAGUCGCCUCAGCCGAUGUGAAGCAAGUCCGAGUCACUGUGAACUACCCUCCCGUCAUCACCGAAUCCAAGAGCAUCGAGGCCUUCGCUGGCAAGCAAGCUUACCUACGCUGCGAGGCCUCUGCAGAACCCAAAGCAGACUUUGAGUGGUAUAAGGAUGAUACCAGGUUAAGCAGCGCCCAGGGCCUGGAAAUCAAGAACAUGGGCAACCGGUCCACCUUGACGGUAGCAAACGUCACCGAAGAGCAUUAUGGGAACUAUACCUGUGUGGCCGCCAACAAGCUGGGAAUCACCAACACCAGCCUGUAUCUCUAUAAGCGCGCCAUUCCCACAAAACCCAUCCCCGCCUCAGAGAGAGGCAACAACGCUCAUUUCAAACUGAAAGAUAUGGUAUCAGUGGCAUCAUUGGGGUUGCUGUGGAUGGGCGGAGCUGUGAGCAACUGUGGCACCGAGGAAAUAUGUUCUUAUUGCACGGAGCGCAUUGAUCCCGAGUCCGAUGAAUGGGACUCGGGGGAGACGCCGUCCAUCAAAUUUAACAGGCGCUCCUCAGCUCUCUCCAUCCUAAUGAGCUGUGACAUGCAAAGGGCGUCAACUGCAAUAUGGACAAGGCCGAGGCAGAUCAUGGAAACCGGACAGCCAGCAGGGGGCGGCGGAGGGACAGAAAGAGCAGAAAAUGAUUAA